AUGAUCUCGUUUCUCGAGGACGCGAGGACCAAAAAAGCUUCCGCCUUGAACAAACUCAAACACCAGCUCUCGCUCAUCGACAAUGAUCUCGCAGUCUUGCGCCGCCGCACCGUCGAUAUGGACGACUUUCUCUUCCCCAACGGCAACUACGACGCGCAAAUCGCCUCCCUGCCCGAUUCCAUGCCCCCCGAGCUGAGCACGAGGAACCAACUCAUUGCUCGUUACAGGGACAACGUCGAGACCGCAUAUUUCCAACGACGCUCCGCACCGGAUGACGAUUACCGCGCCCUCGAAGAGAUUACCAACAUGCUCGUCGAUGCCACUUCCGUCUCGGGCGUCACGAAGCGCUCCAGCAUACAGCACAUCGACAUUUUGAGAAGCAAUCACAAUUUGAUUUCUUCCAUCGAGUUCAACACCCCGGCAACGCUCUUUGCCACCGCGGGCGUUACCAAGCGCAUCAAAGUUUUUGACUUCAACACCAUGCUCCCCGCAUCGGAAACCGACGACCUCAACCACCAUCACUACCCCAUCCUUGAGAUUCCCACAGUCUCCAAGCUCUCUUGCCUGUCCUGGAGCAGAAAGCAGACAUCAAUUUUGGCAGCCUCGACCUACAAGGGAGACAUUCUCAUCCACGACACCGAGACAAACACACAACUCAAAGCCUUGCGAGAACACACCCAGCGAACCUGGUAUGUCGACUUUUCACUCCUCCGACCCACCCUUCUCCUGUCGGGAUCUGACGAUCGCACCGUCAAACUCUGGGACGUUGAUCGCCAGUCAGAGUCAGUCAUGACCUUGCAAACCAAAGCAAACGUGUGCUGCGUCAAAUUCAACCCGCACGAAUCGCAUGAGUUCGCGUUCGGGUCGGCAGACCACAACGUGUACUCGUACGACUUGCGCCACCCACGCACGCCGCUUUGUGUGUUUGAAGGUCACUGGCGUGCCGUCUCGCACGUACUCUUCAUGAACCGAAGUGAACUCAUCUCUGCUUCCACUGACUCGUCCUGCAAGCUGUGGAACGUGCAAAAGCAGGAGCCGGGCCUCAGCUACGCAGGACACACCAACAACAGAAAUUUUGUCGGGCUGAGUGGCAGGGGCGACUUCUUCGCAUGUGGGUCAGAAGACAACUCGUUGUACGUGUACAACAAGCGGUUUGCAGGGCCUGUUGUGAGAUACGGGUUUGGAUCCAGGGCGGAAUUUGUGAGUACGGUGGCGUGGAAGCCCGACUCCAACGUAUUGGUAGCGGCUAACAACACGGGUGGCAUCGAGGUCCUCGAGGUGCACUGA